GUAAAACCCUAAGCCCAUACAUCAGUUCUCUAUUUAUAUCACUCCCUCUGUGUCGUAGGGUUUGCACGCUCUGAGAGAACGUACACAUUCGCUCGCCCCCUCAUUUCCUCUAAACACCACCACAUCUCUUAAGAGACGCUACUCGAAAUAAUGGCUGAAAGAGGCGGCGAAGGGCGUUUCAGGGGCGGAUUCGGUGGCCGUGGCCGCGGUGGAGACAGGGGAGGACGGGGCCGCGGCCCUCGCCGCGCCCGCCGUGACAACGACGAGCAGAAGUGGGUGCCUGUGACGAAGCUCGGCCGUCUGGUCCAGGCCGGGAAAAUCAAAUCCCUCGAGCAGAUCUACCUCCACUCCCUCCCGAUUAAGGAGUAUCAGAUCAUCGACACCCUGGUGGGGCCCUCCCUGAAGGACGAGGUGAUGAAGAUCAUGCCGGUCCAGAAGCAGACCCGGGCCGGACAGAGGACCCGGUUCAAGGCCUUCGUCGUGGUCGGAGACGGCAACGGCCACGUCGGCCUCGGGGUCAAGUGCUCCAAGGAGGUCGCCACCGCCAUCCGCGGCGCUAUCAUACUAGCCAAGCUGUCGGUGAUUCCGGUGAGGAGGGGCUACUGGGGUAACAAGAUCGGAAAGCCACACACCGUGCCGUGCAAGGUCACCGGGAAGUGUGGGUCCGUCACCGUGCGGAUGGUCCCCGCGCCCCGUGGGUCCGGAAUUGUGGCGGCGCGUGUGCCGAAGAAGGUGCUCCAGUUUGCUGGUAUCGAGGAUGUGUUUACCUCCUCCCGUGGAUCCACCAAGACUCUUGGGAACUUUGUCAAGGCAACUUUUGACUGUUUGUUGAAGACUUAUGGCUUCUUAACUCCCGACUUCUGGAAAGAGACCCGAUUCACAAAAUCACCAUUCCAAGAGUUCACUGAUCUUUUGGCAGUUCCUACUGCUAAGAUUAUCAACACUUUUGAAUACAUGUUUUGCUGUUGCUUAACCAAAGUUUAUGUGCAAUGA